GAGCUUGCAAAUGGCCACGCAGUGCUGCGAGGUUCCGGGGCAGAGCGGACAGCAGCACUCCUGGUGCUGUUAGCCAGCAGCGGCAAGGGCAAGUCGCGCUUCCUCUAUGAGCUGAACCAAUUGCUUCAGAAGCAGAGCCGGGCGAUGUGCAUCCCCAUCACCUUCAACGGUCAGCAAACCCUGGAGUUCGAUUCUGACGCAGUAGAAACUUUGACGGCACAGCCAAGACAAAGAGCACUCGUGCAUGUGGUGCUACGGCUGCUCCAGGCAACGUUUCAGAUCGAUGAUUUGCAAGCGUUUGCAGAAUCUUUCUGCCGCGGGCUCAAGGCCGCCGAUGUGCCUCUGACCGUGUCGCUGUUGCGUGAAGUGGUGGCAGUGUGCGCAAAAACGCGUGAGAGAGUCGAGAACCUUACAAUCCUCGUUGACGAAAGCGGCCGCUUGCCAAAGUUGCUGAAGAUGCAACAAGGAGAUGGAGAUGAGUUCUCGGCCCUGCGAUCUUUGUGCGCGCGUGCAAGCGUCAAGCACCUGGGAUUUUCAGUGAUGGUCAUGCAAGCCGGCCUCGGCGACUUUGCCGAGCAGACCGUCAGCCAAAGAGAUGUGGAGGUCAUUGCAUUACCGGAGCAGAAAAUUGACGACGCCCUGCAGAAUUGGGUGCUCUACGAGGUUGCAGAGCUUUGCAGUGACAGUCUGAAGACGAAGGCCAACGAUUUCAAAUUCUACAAGAAGCUGGUGCUGAAGCCUCUCGUGGUGGAGUACGUGCCCUUGGCUCGUGCCUUGCAAUACCUCACUGAAGCCGUGAAGAAGUUUGAAGUCUUGGACACAACGCCCAUCACUACCGAGCCAGA